AUGCCAGAUAGUGCAAAAAAACGACUAAAAAGUACGAAUGUGGAAGAGUUAUUACUGGACUCGGACGACGAUAUUUAUGCAGAGAGUGAUGUCGAUGAUAUAGACUACGAUUUUUGUGAUAGCGAAAUUAGCUCGGAAUCUGAAAAAGACGAAACUUCGCAGUUGCAGGUAGAACGAAAUAAUGAGGUCUUUGUUUUUGCCAGUACGUUAGAUGAAACUGCUGAGAAAGGCCACACAGAAAAAAUUGUGGAAAAGUUAUUGGAGGGAAAAUUCUAUGCUGGCCAUGCAGUGUUUAUAGACAAUUUUUAUAAUAGCUACGGUUUAGCUGUCAAAUUAUUGGAGCAAAAUACAUAUUGCAUCGGCAUAUUGAACAAGAAACGAAAAGAAAAUCCACCUAGCAUAAUUACAGAAAAACUAAAAAAAGGUGAAAAUAUAUCACAGUGUCGUAACGGUGUCCAUGUAAGGAAAUGGAAGGACAAAAGGGAGAUAAAUUACAUCACUACUGAAUUUCCUGACAAAAUGCAAGAAGUGACCACCAGAUGCGGCAAUGUUGCUAUGAAACCUGCAGCUAUCAUAAAUUAUAAUAGAAACAUGUCCGGCGUUGAUCUACAGGAUCAAAUGCUUAGUUAUUAUCCAUGUGAAAGGAAGACUUUGCGUUGGUAUGUGAAAAUUUGUGUACAUACUUUGAUGAUGAGUUUGAUAAAUGCCCGGGUACUUUAUAAUAAAUAUUCUAAUAAAAGGAGCAUGACUCUUUAUGAUUUUAGAGAGAAAAUAAUUGAAUCGUAUUUGCCAGAAAUAACAUCUGACCCACAAACCACACAGAAGAGACGCGGAGACCGAGACAAACACAAGCUGACUAAAAUUGAAAAAGCCAAACUGCGAUGUCUAAGCACUGGCAAAACGCAACGUCCAGAAAGGAUUGUAGAAACUGUUAUAAAAAUAAAAAAAGGGUAAACACCACC